AUGGCACGGCUUCCUGUGGGAAGCUCCGAUGUGAGCAACAUCGAGGCUCCCAUCUCGCUUCGGGCCUAUCUGAUCUGUGGAUUUGCCUGCUUCGGUGGUCUCCUCUUCGGAUAUGACUCUGGAUACAUCAGCGGUGUCGAGGGCAUGGCCUAUGUCAAGCAGCAUUUCGGUCACGCUGUCCCUCUCAGCAUGGACUCGUCGGGCUACAUGCUUGCGAGUUGGCAAAAAUCCUUGAUCACUUCUAUCCUGUCUGCCGGAACCUUCUUCGGUGCCUUGAUUGGUGGUGAAACUGCUGAACGGAUUGGUCGUCGCCUCACUAUUAUGAUCUCUUGUUUCGUCUUCGCUUGUGGUGUGGCCGGUCAGGUGGCCUCGCACACCGUCACUGGUCUGGUUAUUGGUCGUCUGAUUGCUGGCUUUGGUGUCGGAGGUGUGUCGGCCACAGUUGUCCUGUACGUCUCCGAGAUCAGCCCUAAGAAGAUUCGUGGUAUGCUGGUCUCGGUCUACCAGUUCGCUGUUACCAUUGGUCUUCUUACGGCAUCAGGCGCGACCCAGGGCACCUCCAAUAGGAACAAUUCAGGCUCGUACCGCAUUCCCAUCUCGCUUCAGCUGAUCUGGGCUGCAAUUCUUGCCCUGGGCUUGUUCUUCCUCCCCGAGUCGCCUCGUUACCUUGUCAAGGCCCAGGAGCUCGAGAAGGCUUCUGUUGCCCUCUCGCGUGUCCGCGGCCAGCCGGCUGAUUCUCCACUCAUCCAGGCCGAACUCGCUGAGAUCAAGGCCAACUGGGAAUACGAGUCUCAACUUACCAACACUUCGUGGCUGGACUGCUUCAAGGGCGGCCUUAGCAGCCCCAGCGGAAACCUUCGCCGUGUCCUGGUUGGUGUUUUCGCGCAGAUGUUCCAGCAAUGGACUGGUGUGAACUUCAUCUUCUAUUACGGAACUACUUUCUUCCAGUCUGUUGGCAUGUCCAACUCAUUCCUGAUGUCCACCAUCAUGAACAUCGUCAACGUCGUUUGCACUCCCAUCUCGUUUUGGACUAUCGAGCGCUUUGGUAGGCGUACUCUGCUUCUGUACGGAGCCGUGGUGAUGUGCGUUUGCGAAUUCAUUGUGGCCAUUGUUGGUACCGCCGAUGAAGGUUCCAAGGCCGCGAACAUGUGCCUGAUUGUCUUUACCUGCCUGUACAUUGCUGCAUUCGCUUCGACCUGGGGACCGGCCUGCUGGGUCCUGGUUGGUGAAAUCUUCCCCCUGCCCAUCCGUGCCAAGGGUGUUGCUCUGUCGACGGCAUCCAACUGGCUGUGGAACUGCAUUAUCGCCGUUGCCACUCCCUACAUGGUUGACGAGGAUAAGGGCGAUCUCAAGGUGAAGGUGUUCUUCGUCUGGGGGGGAUGCCUGAUCUUCUGCUUCCUCUUCGCAUUCUUCUGCGUCUCUGAGACCAAGGGUCUGUCGUUGGAGCAGGUUGAUCGCAUGCUCGAGGAGACUACUCCCCGUACUUCAGCUGCUUGGAAGCCCCAUGAUACCUUUGCUCAUGAGAUGGGCCUAACUGACAAGGAUGGCAAGACCGUCGAGGAGACAGAGGUUGUUUAA